CAACCAUUAAAUACAUUCUAUGCUGGUGUUUCCCUGGCACCAAGAAACUGGUCACCAACAUAGCCUCAUUCGCUAUGCUUGGAAUCAUGAUUACAACUUUUGUGGUAAUGGGUUUUGCAUUGGUUGUGACCCACAAGGGAAACGGUAGAGUAAUUCCGAGGGCAUCCUAUGACAAGCCUGCCUUACAAGACUACUCCAAAUCGUUGCAGAGAUACGUAAGUGUAAGUCGCUGGUUACCCAUUACACGUGCCCUGAUAGACUCUCAAACUUGCACCGACUUUCCUAAAACUCCAAUACAGUCAGGUUGCUGUAUGCGAUCAAAUCCCAGCUGCUUUAGUAGGCCAACAGGCGGCGGCCACUGUAAACGUUUGCCAGAUUAUUAUUCAGGAUCCAUAUGUGCCAUCUGCAAUUCAUGCAAGGCUGGAAUUCUUGAAAACAUAAAGAUGGAGUGGACGCAUAUGGUUUUUACCAAUAUUUUUAUCUUCAUUUCCUUUAUUAUUGUCUACUCCUAUGCCCAUGGUAUUAAUGUAAGAUAGAGAAAGUUUAUACACCUUAUUAUAACUAGUCAG